AGAAUGUAUGUAUAAUGAUAUGCGAAAUUCUACACAAAUCCAUCUUUGUUAUUAUAUUUGAUAAAAGUGUGCUUUUAUGUAACCAACUAUACAUCGUAAACAUUGCUUGCAACAUGUAUAUUUCGAUUAGGAGAACGAAAUACAAUUGUCGGAUAUAUGUACAAUAAAUAAUUGGUUAGGUUAUGGCGCGAAUGAAACGAACGUGCAUUUAAAGGAACGUAUUAACCACAAAAUAUAUAAUCAUUUUUACAACAAAAAAUGAAAUGUUAAUCAGGAUAAAACGCAAGUUUAAAGGUUAAUGUAUUUCAUUUCAUUUUAAAGGAACGUGUACUACGAUUUUUAAAAAUGCAAUGUCAUACAAAAAGUAGUGAAUUUUAAGUCGAUCGACGUAUAUACCUUAAACUGUGUUAUGUUAUGAGGUACAAGAUAUAACGGCGAAGCGGAGUUUAGUGCAUAAUAACAUAAUUUGAAUCCUUUCAAAUCAAAUGUUUCGAACCUGUGGAGUUUGUGUCAGCGUGCGAUGUUGUGUGUAUUUGCUCUAGGAAACAUACGUUGUAAUCUUUGGAAACGCAUUUGAUGUUUCAAGUUUUUUGUCUAGUUUACUACAUUGUACAUGCAUACGUGAUACAAAGAUUUAAAUAGGAAGGGUAACGGUUCGAAAGUUUUCACGCAAAAUUAGAUACAGAAAGCGCACUCAACCUUCGAUCACGUGUUUAUCGUGACUCUUGCAACUUUCUCAGGUACCUACAAUUUUCCCGAAGAGUGCGGUACGUUGUGUGCAACGUUCUCAUAUAACGCUUUACUUGUGUUACACUUGAUUUAUCAGUAGUGCAUUUAUAGUGUUUCGGGGUUCGGGUUAACAAUGAGAAUGUCAUAUACCACGCAAAAAACCCUUAAUAACAAUCGGACAAAAAGUGUUGACUGUGAUCGUGGGUAGCAGCCGGUAAAGAAAUGGCAUUUCAUAAUUGGAAGAUUUGGGGUAGAAACCUUCGUAUGAGCCAUCGCCGUCCAAACAAUGAAGACAGCUGCGUGCAACUUGAUCUGUCAAGAGGACUAAAGGAGAAUGUGAAAGAAGUUUUGACCAAUCUCUGUCAACGUAACAAUAUACCAAGCAUAAAGAAAUUAGCAUAUCUCAAUGCAAUUGUUAAACUGAUCAGUGAAAAUGAUUCGCCGGAUUAUGGAUAUUCUAUCGAUGAUGUUUUCUGCUGUCUACGCGUGGGUCUUGUCCAUGAAGCGACACAAGUUCGUGCUGCCGCAUUGCGAGCAGUUCGAUAUAUGCUCAAGAAAGAACAAGAUGUUAUUGCAAUUAACAAAUUGCAAUAUCCAUAUUUUGUGGCUCGUAGCAUGGAUGUUAAUUUACGAAACGAAAUGGAGGGGCUACAGGCUCUUAGACUGGUUAGACGAAUUCUAGUAUUAGCUCCGAAACAUUUUAGUCCUAUUUUAGCAAGAUCUUUAAUCAGCCUGAUAAAUGGAGGAAUUGAAGAGAAAGAUGGAGCAUUUCGAGCAUUCUUGGCAACUCUGUGCGAGUUGGGAGUUUUAAAUUCAAAUUUAUUAAUCAGUUGCGGAGGAAUCGGUGCUCUUGGAAGAGCUGCCAUGACUGGGCAAAGUCCUGCUAUAAUUGAAUCAGUUGUAGGAGUUCUAUUAAAAUUAUUAAAUACUCCAGAAACUAGAAACAGCGUUUCUCUUCUAUGUUUCGCAGCUCCUUAUUGCGAGUUACAUUCAUUGAGUAUAGAUGGAACAAAAGAAGAACGAGAAAGAUUUGCAGCAAGUAAAUUAGCAUUAUUAAGUAUAUUAAGAUCUUACUCCGGUGUUCUACAUUUCUGUCGCCCAGACGAUAACUCUGGUCUGAAAGCUAUAGCAGAUAUAUUGUACGUCGAACAACUCGAAGUAAGAGGUGCUGUAUUAGAACUACUUUAUGAAUUGUUGGAUCUACCAUUACCGACAUGGACGGACGAACCCGAUGUUGCUCUUGCUGCGGUAGAUCCCAGCAGAACACGUGAUUCGUGGAAAUUAUCAGAAGGUUUCGUCGCUGCCGAGGGAAAAUAUAUUUUACCACCUUUAUCAUCACGUUGUCCAAACAUAACAGAAAUUCAUUUAGCCUUAUUGGUCUACGCUCUACUGGAAUGUGGCUUACAUCAUGCUCUUGCAGAGACUAUUGUCUCCACUGAUACAUUUAUUUCUGUACGUGCUGCUGUUCUUUUAGGUGCGUUAUUGCACCUCGCACAUUCUUUACUGCCACCCGAAGUAUGUGAUCUCACGCCGCCGUUACCGAAUUUAUUAGAACAUGCGAGUACUGGAAAGCAUCAAGCAUUAGCAGCUGUAACUAUUUUGGAACGAAUGCACACUAUGAUGCGUCGAAGACCGGCACCAGCUAGUUUGUUUCUUGACAAAAUCCUACAAGCUGGUACAUGGUUGAGACCAACCUUACCAAGACGUCAACGAACUUCCAGUAGACAUUGGCUACGCAGAGAAUCACCAACUACGCCUCUUUUAAAGGAUGCUCAAGUACUCAGUUCGAAAGAUGCUCUUGCAUGGAACUGGCCGGUGGUGCGAUCUAUAUUACGUUCACGAGAAGACAUAAUACGAACUCUUCAUGAUUCCGAUCACAGACUGUUCAUGAAGAGACUUGUACGUUACUUUAAACCGUGUUCUAAUGGAUAUAGUAGGAUAGAGCUAGCAACAAAUGCCAAUUUAGCACGAGAAGCAACAUUAGCUGGUUGUGAUUUAUUGAACUGUUUAUUAGAGCUACACGAACCGGAAGGUUCGAAAUUAUUGAGCGAAUUAAUCGGAGAUAUAGCCGAGCAAAUUGCCUGUUUACGGACAGCUCAAUCUGCUCACGAGUGUCUAUUUUCACCUCGACAUAUGUCUACCACUUGUUGUCAGAAGUAUUUUUUAUUUCUUGGGCAAUUAAGUCAAUCAGCAAAAGGGACUGUAAUUCUAAAUGGAUUUAAUUUAUUAGAGAAGUUGCAAGACUUAGCUUUAGCUACUAAUCAUGACUGUUAUGUUAAACUUAUAGUUUCAAGUUUAGAUUAUUCCAGAGACGGACCUAAUAGGAAAGUAAUGACUAAGAUUAUUACUGGAGCAACAUCAGAAGGUACAAGACUAUAUGCUACACAGUUCCUUAGAUUGAUACUCAGAGCCAGAAUGUCUGAUGCCUAUAAGUGGGCAAUAACAUUACUAACAACUAGAUUGUCCGACUCCAGUAAAACUGUAGCAUUAACUGCUUUAGAGGCAUUACACGAAGCUUGCGAAGAGCCAGAAUAUUUAGAAGCUCUAUUGCAACAAGAAGGUCAAUCUCGAGAUUGGAGUAAAUGGCUUGAGGAGUUAGGUGACAAAGGUUACUUGUUGAAAAUUCGUCUUUACUCUCUUCAUCAUGGCUUCACAUCGCUCACCUCGCCCACCGAAGAAUUAGAAAAAUGGAUAUGUCCUGGUGGUUUUGCAGAGAGGUAUGUUGGCUUAAUAGAAGGAGAAAUACACGACUGUUUAACGCGCCGUCAAAGAGAUGAGACCGGAAGUUAUCACAGAAGAACGACCAAUGUUCCCAUGGUGCCUCAUGAUAUUUUCAUCCUGCCACACUUAGUAGGACAAUUGGCACAACAUGAUCUAGGCAUGCAACUGCUUUUACGACGAAAUGUAAUACAACGUUUCGCUCGAGUUGUUCAACGAUUCCGGAUGGAAGUCGGUAGUACAGAUUCAGAAUCGAACUCAAGAUGCACCAAAGCCAAUUGUUCCGUCAGCGACGACGUUUGCGUCAUGUCUGAAGAAUCUAGUACGGAUGAGACGGUAGAAUCGAAUCGAUUGGAAACAAUAAUGGAUUCUGAAGUAGCAGAAACGACGGACGUGUGCAGUCCUCAAAAAGUUGAUCCUGUGGUGGAAGUGCGUCGUAAAACAAGUUUGGACGAUUCGAGGCGUAACGCUACCGAAAGGAGUUGGAGACUGGAAACUAAAUCUCGUGACGAGCAAAAUGUCAGUUUAAAUAAGAAGAUUUUGAGAGUGAAGUCUGCGUUGUGGGUGCUCGGUCAUGUAGGAACAUCAGUCGCAGGUGUGGAACAAUUAAAUCAUUUGGGAACUAUAGAAUUGAUAACAUCCAUUGCAGAAACCUGUUUAUAUUAUGCGAUACGAGCGACAGCUAUGUACGCUCUUAGCCUUAUCGGAACUACUCGUGCGGGCGCUGAUGCUUUGUCCUCCUUUGACUGGCCGUGUGUUCGACACAGACGCGGUGAUCACUGGCCUGUUGUGCCUCCUACAAGCAAAUAUCCAGCCCCGAGUCCUAUUCCGAUACAGCGGCAUCAUAGAAGUCUUAGCGAUGGCAAACCAGAAUUACCUGAACCAGUGGCACGAAGAACUAGGAAUCGAUCUGAAAGUGCAGCUACAGAUCUCGAAGCAAGGCGAUUUGCUCUACCGGAAAGAGGUGAAACGCCAAGUCCUGUUUCCAGUAUUCAAAGAUUGAGCCAACAAGAUGCCGAGGGAUACGCAAAACUCCGUAGCAUGCAGCGUCAUCGUCGACCAAGUUAUUCUCAAAGUAGUUUAGAGAUGUACAGUUUAGAUGGUCGUCUUUCGUUGCAAAGUUUAUUAGAAUUCGAUUCGUCUCGCAGCUGGAUUGCGGAACACGUGUACACUCCAACUCCUCCACCCCCUGAAGAUAAUAACGAUAAUUUAUUUUACAUGGGUAUUGCUCUUCCAAGGAGACUUAUAACUAUAUUUCCGGAACUACCACAGCCGUCGAUUUUGUCUAUAACCGACGACAUACCUAAAUCCGAUAUAGAAACGACUGAAGUAGAUGAAGAAUCCUGUUCAGAGUACGACGCAGACGCGGACCAUUGUCGUAUAUGUUUGGUAUGCUGCCUUGGCAAGAAUAACCACAAAGAUUCGAUUUCGGAUCAAGAUGCUAAAUUGCAAAGGAUAAUACUUAGACACGCACAGCGGUUAGCGAAUCCUCUAUGGUACAGACACAGUCAACAAACCCUGCUUAGACUACGGCAACUGCAUUCAGAAACAUUUCAAGAUACUUGUCUGUUCUCGGACGUAGCAACUCGUUUAGGUAGCGGUACUUACAGAAUGCCAGCACGACGAUUUUUACAGGAAUUGUUUCUAGAUACUACAUUUGAUGCACUGUACGUAGAACCAUCCAAUAUUCUGAAAUUAAAAAACAGUAAAGAGGAAAAAUUGUCGAAAUCGCCUAUUCCUACGGCACCUGAACCGAAGCUCCUUGUGCCUUCAGAAACAAAAAUCAAUGGAAGACUAACUUUUUCUGAGAUCGAAGUAACCCAAUUGGAUGUUGUUACCGAAGAGGCAGGAGGCGAUUCUUGCAAAACACAGCAAUGCAAUAAAGUGCAAGAAGUUUUGAGGAAUUCCGAACGACGUAGCGAUGAGAAGCUAAUAGCAGAAAUCUUAAAACCAGAAGAAAGGUUACGUCUAUCAAAAAGUUCUGAUAGAUUAUUAAAGUUGGCCUGACGAUUUAUUUAUAUAAUGUAAUGGCAGUAAUGUAAUUAUAUUAAGCAAUUAUACUAAAAAGAGCAGUUGAUUACUUGGGCGAGAA